AUGAUGCGUUCGUUGAUCGUUGUGUUGUUGGGACUGUGUUGUCUGCUCAGUGGAGGAAACCUACUAGCCCAAGCUGAACGACCACCAUUCAAAAGCAGUGGAAUUUACGAAGAAGAGUCCUUGGUGCCUACGCAUAGUGAAAAUGUUGCUAGCGAUGUGAUCGGAGUGGUUCCUGCUCAGGAUGUGGAUGAACGAUAUCGCCUUCCACAAACGUCCAUUCCGCUCCAUUAUGACAUUCAUUUGCGCACGGAGAUUCACCGGAACGAGCGUACGUUUGAUGGUUCGGUCAGAAUCCAGUUGCAGGUGUUGGAAGCCACGGAUCGAUUGGUGUUGCAUAACCGUGGGUUGUUGAUUUCAUCGGCCCAAAUCUCUUCUUUGCCGAAUGGUGUUGCUGGUGCUCCGGUGCUGAUCGGAGACGCUCAGUACAGCACGGAUACUACCUAUGAACAUAUCACGUUCACGAGCCCAAGUGUCCUGCAGCCUGGUUGGUACCUACUCGAGGUAGUGUUCCAGGGACGUCUCGCAACGAAUGAUGAUGGAUUUUACGUGUCUUCUUAUGUGGCCGAUAAUGGGGAGCGAAGGUACUUGGCAACGACACAGUUCGAGUCGACGAGUGCUCGCAUGGCAUUCCCUUGCUAUGACGAACCAGCGCUGAAGGCAACGUUCACCGUAUCGAUCACGCACAGUCCUACGUACAGCGCCAUUUCGAAUAUGCCUGUGGAUAGACAGGAAAAUACGGAGGAUAACAUGCGCACUACUAUUUUCCAAGAAACGCCGAUGAUGUCGUCCUAUCUGUUGGCUUUCGUUGUGUCGGACUUUUUGUUCCGCAUAUCUGGAACGCAUAGCGUGUAUGUCCGACCGAAUGCAAUUAGUGAAGCAGAAUUCGCUUUGGAAGCGAGUAGAAAAAUCCUAGAUGCUCUCGACGCCCAUCUUGGCAUCGCAUACGGUUCAUACAUGCCAAAGAUGGAUCAAAUCUCGGUGCCUGAUUUUGCAGCCGGCGCCAUGGAAAACUGGGGUCUGGUUACGUAUAGGGAACAAUUACUAUUGUUUGAUCCUGCCGUCAGUACUUAUCGCACAAAAACCAACAUAGCGACCACUAUUUCCCAUGAGUAUGGACACCAGUGGUUUGGAGAUUUGGUGAGUCCCCAAUGGUGGGAAUUCAUCUGGCUGAACGAAGGUUUCGCCACUCUGUACGAAUACUAUGCUACCGACCUUGCUUAUCCAGGAGAGGAAUACUGGGAGUUGUUCAACACCCAAGUGAUACAAUCUGCCAUGGUACCGGAUGGGCAGGCAAGCACUCGUCCGAUGAAUUGGAAUGCAGCUACACCUGGCGAGAUCUCUGCGCUGUUUGAUCGAGUUGCCUACCCAAAAUCUGGCAGUGUGUUGAACAUGAUGCGGGAAGUGUUGGGUAAUGAAAAUUGGACGGCUGGUUUGCGGACAUAUCUGAAUGCUCGCGCCUUGCAAGGAGCGACUGAUGAGGAUCUCUAUACCGGUCUGCAGAGCGCGAUCGAAGGCAAGGGUGUUCUGCCCGCAGGAGUAACCGUAGGACAGAUUAUGCGCACCUGGACCACAGAAGCCGGCUAUCCGGUGUUGACCGUACGACGAUCGUACGAUACCGGUAAUGUGAUCAUUUCACAGGAGCGAUUCUAUUCCGAUCGCAAGGUUCCUAACAGCAACAUCUGGAUGAUCCCGUACAACUACGCCCAUCAGGCCCGAGCCGACUUCAACGAUUUUGAUAACGUGGAAUGGUUGGCCACCAAAGCAUCUCGCAUUGAAACAACCGUGCCGGCUAACCAGUGGAUCAUUUUCAACAAGAAGCAGGUGGGAUACUACCGUGUGAAUUAUGACGAUCAGAACUGGGAGCUGAUCACUAAUGCACUGAUCGAGAACUGGGCUAGUGUACAUCGGCUUAACCGAGCACAAUUGAUCGAUGAUGCAUACUGGUUGGCACGGUCUGGUCGACUUGACAUGCGUGUGGCGUUGCGUCUUAUGACAUAUCUGCGUAACGAGCUGGAGUACGCUCCAUGGACUGCGGCAAACGUGGCCCUGACUUAUUUCAACAAUCGUCUCCGUGGAACGCCAGCAUACAACGACUUCUUAGUAUUCGUGGACGCACUGAUUGAGAACGUGUAUGGAACACUGGUGAUCGACUCGGUAGCUACGGACGAAACUUUGUUACAUAAGUAUCUCAAGCAGACGAUCUCUACAUGGGCCUGCAUGACUGGAUACACAGAUUGUCUGACGAAGACAAAGGCUCUGCUGACCGCAGAAGCUACGGGCACGGGUCCCGCCGUUCAUCCAGAUAUUGCCUCUGUGACGUACUGCUAUGGUAUGCGACAGGCUAGCCAAGUCGAGUUCCAAUACCUGUACCGCAAAAUGAUGGACUCGAAAAAUCUUGCCGAACGAACGAUGCUGAUCGAUUCCCUGGGCUGUUCGCAGAACAAGGAGUUCCUGAAGUCGUUCUUGAUGACAUCUCUCGGCAAUGUGGAAAUCAAUUACAAAGCGGACGAGCGACGACGCGUGGUUCAAGCUGUGUACUCAGGAAGUCGUACUGGUGUUGAUGCAUUGAUUGAGUUCCUGAUGGAGCCGUCGUAUGUGAGCGAGUUCGUUAGUAUGCUUUCCACGUCCACGCUCAACUCAGCUUUGUCAGCCAUUGCUUCUCGUACGAACAAUGAGGUUGAAUUGAAUCAGCUUAACAUGCUUAUCACUGCACUUGGAAGCAGGGUAAAUGCGCAGACUGCUACGAAUCUGCGAAACUCAGCUCAAACCAACCUCAUUUGGGUGGAUGGAUUUGAGGGAAUAAUCUUGUCGAACUUUUUCGGCGAAUUUGAGAAGGAAAUUUCCACCGUAACGGAGCCAACAUCGACAGUCACAAUGUCAACAUCGACUACUACGACCGUAGCAUCUACUACUACGACUGUAGCAUCUACCACUACCACUGUUGCUUCUACCUCUACUACACCUGUCAUUACUACUACUACGUCUACUGCUAGCCCCACUACAACUGAUGCCACCACCGUGACACAACCCGAACCAACAACAGAAGAUGAUGACGAUGGUGGUGCAGCAACGAUCACUGUAUCGAUAGCAGUAGUAGUCGUUGCUAUUACUGCACAACUACUUGGCUGA